AUGGAUGCCCUCUCGGUCUCCUUACGCAUUCAACCCACCUCUGCACACAGCAGCCCUGACCUGGACGUGGAGGCCGGGCGGCGCUGGCGCUGCAGAAAGGCCACGGGCACAGUCCCGCAGGGUGACCACGGGGCAGGCUCCUCCCUCCGCGUUUCCUCCAGGCGCGCUCCUCGCCGGCGCACGCUCUCCGGCGUCCUGGCUGCCCCGGCCGUGGUCGCGGUGGUCCGAGCGGUGGCCUGGCUGCUGCUCUGGGAGGCAGCUGAGCUCGCCUGCAAGACCUCCGCGGCCCUCGCUGCCGCCCACACCGAUGCGGGCGUAAAGGCCAGUUGUUCUGAAAUUAUUUUGCGGCAAGAAGUUUUGAAAGAUGGUUUCCACAGAGACCUUUUAAUAAAAGUGAAAUUUGGAGAAAGCAUUGAGGACUUACAGACCUGCCGACUCUUAAUUAAACAGUACAUCCCAGCAGGACUUUUUGUGGAUCCAUAUGAGUUGGCUUCAUUACGAGAGAGAAACAUAACAGAGGCAGUCAUGGUUUCAGAAAAUUUUAAUAUAGAAGCUCCCAACUAUUUGUCCCAGGAAUCUGAAGUUCUCAUUUAUGCCAGACAAGAUUCACAGUGCAUUGAUUGUUUCCAAGCUUUUUUGCCUGUGCACUACCGCUAUCAUCGGCCACAUAGUAAAGAUGGAGAAACCUUUAUUGUGGUCAAUAACCCGGAUUUACUGAUGUAUUGUGACCAAGAGUUUCCAAUUUUGAAGUGCUGGGCUCAGUCAAAAGUGGCAGCUCCUUGUACUUUGAAGAAUAAGGAUAUUUGCCAAUGGAAUAAUAUGAAAUAUAAAUCAGUGUACAAGAAUGUGACUUUACAGGUUCCAGUGGGACUGACUAUACAUACCACUUUAGUAUGUUCUGUAACUCUACUUAUUACCAUCCUGUGUUCUACUUUGAUUCUUGUGGCUGUUUUCAAAUAUGGCCAUUUCUCCCUAUAAGUUUUCUGCAAUUAAAUGCUUUCCAUAAACCUAAAUAAGACCUAAUCGUUUGUGAUUAGAAGCAUUCUUUUAGAAUUGUCAUUAUUUUGUCUUUUGUCUUCAUUUUUGGCUAAAAUUAUGUAUACUGGAGGAAAUUUUGGAUCAUUCUCAACUAAUUCCAAAAUUGAGUGCUCUGUUGUGUAAACCUUUGAUAAUCUUCAAGCAUCUAGUGCUAGUACAGGAAACUUAAUUCUGUUACAUUACUAUUUAUUUUGUGAGCAGUGAUUUUUAUCCUCAUUUGGGUUACAAAAGUGAGUACUUUAUGUAUUAGAGACAAAUUAUUCUCAUUCUGUGAGUAGAAACAUUUCAAUUUAAGCUAAAAAUUGAGAAAAUAAUUAUAAAUAAGAAUAAAAUAAUUUAGAUGAAUGAGUUUAUUUAAAUCUUAAUUUUAUGAGAAUAUUGAAGUCAUCCAGAGUUUCAAAGAAAAUAUUAAAAUAAAAUAACUAAGAAAAUAUUAAUAUUAAAAUUGAUUAUUCCUUAAAACAUUUCCAUUCUCCUUUUAUAAGUUAUAUUGCUUAAAAAAAUAUUUAUAUAUAGCCCUAACCGGUUUGGCUCAGUGGAUAGAGCGUCGGCCUGCAGACUGAAAGGCCCAGGUUCAAUUCUGUUCAAGGGCACGUACCUUGGUUGUGGGCACAUCCCCAGUAGGAGGUGUGCAGGAGGCAGCUGAUCGACGUUUCUCUCUCAUUGAUGUUUCUAACUCUCUAUCCCUCUCCCUUUCUCUCUGUAAAAAUUCAAUAAAAAAAAAAAUAUAUAUAUAUAUGUUUUUAUUGAUUUCAGAGAGAGGAAAGAAGAGGGAGAGAGAGAUAGAAACAUCAGUGUUGAGAGAAUCAUCAAUUGGCUGCUUUCUGCAUGCCUUCUACUGGGGAUUGAGCCUGCAAUCCCAUGACUUUCUGGUUCAUGGGUCGAUGCUCAACCACUGGGCAACACCAGCCGAGCUAUAUUGCUUUUUAAUAUAUGAAUUGUCAAAGGACUUGAUGAAACUAAGUACUAAGAUCUAGUUCUGAUUUAAUACUGAAUUUGUCAGGAAGACAGUUCAGAAAGAAUAUAUUUUAUUAAGUUACACAUUUGCAAAAAUAUUUUUGUAUCUUCAGGUGAUUUUUUAAAAAAAUAGGAGGUCUUGAUUUAGAACCAAAAGGCUAUAUUAAUAAAUACAACUGUGCUAAAAAGAAGAAAGUCAUACAGUAUAUUGUUUGUUAAUAGUCUCAGCCUUCUGUACAUACAUAUGUUACAUUUCUACAUUUUGAAUACACCUCACGUCAACUUCUGCAUUAAGUUUGUGACAAAUUUGUGCUGUUCUUAGUGUAUGCAAGACACUUGACUUUACUCUUUUAUUCUUGUGUGUAAAAAGUGCAAUAUGAACUUAUAUAUAGUCUUUGCUAUGUUAGAUUUAUAAACUUUUAAAAA